AUGGAUCCUUUAAAGUACCUAUUUGAAGUACCGACGCUAGUUGGAAAAUUGGCCAAAUGGUUGGUCCUAUUGUCUGAAUUUGAUAUUGUGUAUGAGACUCGAAAAACCAUUAAAGGGCGUGUAGUGGCCGAAUUUCUUUCUGAAAAUCCAGUUAAUGAAGGGGAAGAAGUCGAAACAGCCUUCCCGGAUGAGAGUCUCAAGCUAAUAGAGGUCCAGCCAUGGAAAAUGUACUUUGAUGGGGCCAUGAAUAAGAGCGGAGCCGAAUAUGAGGCUUGCAUUUGUGGCCUGGAGGCAUUAAUAGCUGUUGGGGCUAAAAAAGUGGAGGUGUUCGGAGAUUCAAUGCUAGUGGUUUCCCAUGUUAAAGGUGAAUGGGAAUUGAAAGAAGAAAAGUUGAGGCCAUACCUGGAGUAUGCUAAGAAACUAUUAUUUAGCUUUGAGGAAGUGACAAUGAAGCACAUGCCUAGAGCUCAGAACCAGAUAGCUGAUGCUCUAGCCACGCUGGCAUCCUUAUGGGAGAAGGGUGAUCGGUGUGACCACAGAUUAUCUUGA